AUGAAGAACAUGAGGCUGCGUGACUUGCCCAACUUUUUCCGAAUCACUGGCUCUGACCACACCUCGUCCAACUUCACAGCCGAUGCUAUUGACAGGACAGGUGAUGCCGCGGCGACCAUUGUCCACACCUUUAAGGUGCUUGAGUCGGAUGUGUUUUGCACCCUCUCUUCAAUGAUCCCUAAGAAGAGCACGAUGGGUGCCUCCAAUGGUUGGACUCGGGAGUCCAUGAUCUAUGUGAACUUUGGAAGUAUAGCUUUCAUGACACCCCCACAGUUGGUUGAAUUUGCGAUGGGAUUGGCUGAUAGCAAUCAAUGUUUCUUGUGGGUCUUGAGGCUUGACUCAACGAAUGGAGACAUUGCCAUUUUUCCCGAAGAGUUUGUCGAGGAAACAAGGGAGAUAGGCUUUUUAUUUGGGUGGUGCCCUCAAGAGAGAGUGUUGUACCACCCUUCAAUCGGAGGAAUCUUGACACACUGUGGUUGGAACUCAACCAUCGAGAGCUUGUCAGCCGAAGUUCUAAUGUUGUAUUGGCCAUGCUUCAGAGACCAACUGACGAACUGCAAGUAUAUAUGCGAUGAUUGGGGGGCUGGGUUGGAGAUUGACAGCAAUGUGAAGAGAGAUGAAGUGGAGUGGCUUGUAAGGGAGUUGACGGAAGGAGAGGUGGGGAAGAAAAUGAGAAGCAAGGCCAUGGAGUGGAAGAGGAUGGCGGAAGAAGCAAUUGGUGCAAAAGGGCCAUCUUCCCUGAAUUUGGACAAGUUGCUGGAUGAGGUUUUGUCUAAAUAG